AUGGGCUACUAUAACAAUGUCUUUGAUGGGUGCAAUGACCAAACUGAUAUUGGUGGAGUUAUACGCGAUGGAAGGGAAGUCAUUCUCCAGGCUUAUAACUGGGAAUCUCAUAAGCAUGAUUGGUGGAAAAACUUGGAUGGAAAAGUUCCCGACAUUGCAAAAUCGGGCUUUACUUCUGCUUGGUUGCCACCACCAUCUCAGUCUCUUGCACCAUAA